GCCCGCACCCUCACCUUCAUUCGACCUUCAUCCCAACUGGACAUGUCGGACAAGUCAGAAGACGCGUCAGUCCUAGGCAAACACGCCCGCGAUGGCGCAGACGAGGAGGAUGUUGGGCCGCAGCCCGCUGCUGCCGGCGGAGGAGACAUGGACGACUCGGACGACGACGUUGGGCCGAUGCCGAUGCCUGCAGACGCGGCUGCGGUGCCGAAGAAGAAGAGGAAGGUCCUUCCCCACGAGAAGCUCUACUUGGAGCACCUGCCCAAUGCGGAGCAGUACUACAAGAGCUUUAUGCACCGAGAUACGGUCAACUUUGUCGUCGUGACCAAGACCGAAUUUAUCAUCACCACCUCCGUUGACGGCCACCUCAAGUUCUGGAAGAAGCAAGAGGUCGGCAUCGAGUUCGUCAAGCACUACCGCGCGCACCUCACGCCCGUCACUGCUGUCGCGGCGAGCACGGAUGGGCAGCUGUUCGCCAGCGUGUCGGAGGAUGAGACGGCGAAGAUCUUCGAUGUGGUGAACUUUGACAUGAUUAACAUCGUCAAGCUCGGAUUCAAGCCCCACGCUUGCUGCUGGGUGCAUCCAGAGGGGCAGUCGCAGGGAUUACUCGCUAUCUCCGACGCCGCCAGCGGCACCAUCCGCAUCUACGACGCGCGCGGCGAUGGGACACCCGUGUCCGUCGUUGACACGGUGCACAGGUACCCUGUGCAUGUUAUGGCGUACAGCGACCGCUAUGACACCGUCAUCUCCGCCGACGAGGGUGGCUUCGUCGAAUACUGGGAGCCUCGCGAGCCGUACGAGUCGCGGAAGGAUAUUCCGGGUCUAUGGCUGUACAAGAGCGAGACCGACCUCUUUGAGUUCAAGAAACACAAAUCCACCCCCACCUGCAUCACCCUCUCCCCCGACUCCGCCUCCUUCGUCACCUUCUCCCUCCCCGACCGCCAGAUCCGCGUCUUCUCCUUCCUCAAGGGCAAGCUCACGCGCAAGUACGACGAGUCGCUCGCCGCCAUCCAGGAGAUGCAGCAGGCGGGGACCGCGGUGCACCGGGUGGAGGAUAUGGAGUUUGGGAGGAGACUGGCGGUGGAGCGGGAGCUGGAGCUGGAGGACGCGGAGGGGAGGGUGCCGGCGAGGUGGAGCAAUGCGGUGUGGGAUGAGAGUGGGAGCUUUGUGAUUUAUGCGUCGUUGUUGGGAAUUAAAGUGGUGAAUACGGUGACUAAUCGGGUGGCGAGGUUGCUGGGUAAGGAUGAGGCGGUGAGGUUCAUCAACGUGAGCCUGUACCAGGGAGCACCGACGAAGAAGAGCCUUACGAGCAUGACCAUGGCCGCAUCCGCGAAUCCCAUUUUGGCGGAGAAAGGCCAGCGAGAUCCUACAUUAUUCUGUACCGGGUACAAGCGCGAGCGCUUCUACAUGUUCACCCGCUCCGAACCUGAAGACCAAAAGUCCGGCGAACGCGACGUCUUCAACGAGCGCCCGACCCGCGAGAUGCAGAACAUCGCUUCCUCUGCGCCCGCCGCCGCAUCGUCUGGCCCGUCCCCUCUCGCCGACGCCGCGACCAUCCAUACCACGCUCGGCGACAUCCACAUUCGCCUCUUCCCCGAGCACGCGCCGAAGGCAGUCGAGAACUUCGUGGGCCACGCGCGCAGCUCGUACUUCGAGGGCAUCAUCUUCCACCGCGUGAUCCCGAAGUUCAUGAUCCAGACGGGCGACCCGCUGGGGGAUGGCACGGGCGGGACGUCGAUCUGGGGGCGGGAGUUUGAGGACGAGUUUAGUGAGGAGUUGAAGCAUGAUCGCCCGUAUACGGUGAGCAUGGCGAACGCCGGGCCUGGGACGAAUGGGUCGCAGUUUUUCAUCACGACGACGGCGACGCCGUGGUUGGACAAGAAGCAUACGAUCUUCGGGCGCGUGUUGUCUGGGCUGGAGGUCGUUCAUGCGAUUGAGAACGUGAAGACGAACAAGGCGGAUAAGCCGUACGAGGACAUUAAGAUCAUCAAUGUGGACGUCGAGUAGUCAAAUAGUGUGCCGUAAAUCUCAAGUUGCCCUAUCUACCUGGAAGAAGCCAGGAUCUGGCAGGAACAUUUGUUUGUAAACUUCAGCAUCUGUUUGCC